UUGGUGAGCGUUCCUGGAGUUGAAGCGCAGUUGAUAGUUCCAUGCAAGACAUCACCAGCUGAAUGUAAAUCGAUGCGAUGUUCGAACGGAAGCGCGCAGUGUGUGAACAGGCAAUGCCAAUGUGCGAGCGUCAAACGGGUUUACCCGAUGACAACAAAUACUCCUGUGUCAUGCAAGACAAUCUUUGAUUGUGCUGCUUCUCAUCAAUGCCCAGACAAUGUAUAUGCUUGCAUUGAAGGAAAAUGUAUUUGUUUGCCUUUAUUUUAAUUUUGUAACUUAAUUUGUCAUAAGCUAAAUUCAUUAAUAAUUAAUAAAUAUAAGAGUAAUAAACAAGUUCUUAAUCGGUCAAAUCAAAUCAAGCGUAAUACAAAAUUUUCAUAUUCUAAUUUUGGUAGAGUAAAGAUUAAGUCAAUAGAUUUAAUCAAAUUUCUAUUCACAUUUAAAACUUCGCCAGUACAAUAAUUAUGGCCUGUAGUUGAUGUUUAACUAUCUAUAAUAACUUUAAUCAUAUGUUCAAAGGUGCCUAUGAUUUAUUUCUAUUCAUAAGUAAACACAAACAAAAUACUGCCCAUGAUUAGUCUAGACCCUUCCAUAGACUGAUACCCAGAUUAAUCAAAAAAUAAACACAAACAAAACCUUGCCAGAAAAUGUUAUAAAAUGUUAUUAGAUGUGUGUUAAUCUACGGGUUUCAUAAGCAACCUCAGAGCAUAAAUUAGAAUAUCCUUACCCAACUUUCGGCAAUAGAUGCAAUCAAAACAAGCGUGCUAUCUAGCAAAUGGAGAUACCCAUCGUCAACCCUCACUGAUAUUUUGUUUCAUGAGAAAUUGAGGGUUCCUUCAUCAAAUCUCUCUGCAGACUGUCUCUUUAUCACAAGGAGUAACUUGUUAGAAAUAAUCUAAUUAGAUAAUUAAUUUUGUAAACUGUGAUAACGACCCUUAGUGGAAGCAUAACUCUAUAAAAAUAAAAUCAUAUCUUACAGAGUAAAUCUAUCUUUUUAAUAUGAUUCAGAAAUGGAUCCAACUAUUUUUACCAUAUAAUUUCAUAGAAGGGAAUAAUAGAUGAACUACCUUUCAAAACGAAUGAU